AUGCCUUCCGAGAAGCAAAUCCGGGCAGCCUUCACUCUCAUCCAGAAUGACAAGUCCAAGCUUCUCAGCUUGACCAUUGGUGACAAAGAGAACGUGCAGCCAGGAACCUGGCUCUCCCGCAAUGUAGCCCAAAAUCCCCCGAAGCUCGCCUUCUCUGGUGCCAACCCCACUAGCACCUACCUGGUUGUGAGCCUGGAUAUCGAUGCGCCUUUCACUGCUUUCAACUUCCUCGGCCCCAUCCUGCACUGGAUCCAGUCCGACAUCAAGGUCACCGGUGAGGCUGCGCUUCAGUAUGACGCGCCCUUCAUCGCCAACUACAUUGGCCCUGCUCCCCCUCCGGUCGGUGGUCCUCAUCGGUACCUCUUCUUCCUGUACGAACAGCCUGAAGGCUUCGAUCUGAAGGCUCAUGCUCCUGCCGGUGGAAAGAAGCUUGGCAACGUGGGUCGUAUGCGUUAUGAUCUCGAUGCUUGGGCGAAGGAGGUCAAGCUGGGUCCCGUUGUUGCUUUCAACUACUUCACCAGCAACUAA